UACUGGACCGUACUGGUCCGUACUGGUCCGUACUGGUUUGUACUGGGCCAUGGCCGAGCUGCUGCUGCUGACGCGGGUGCUGCCCGCGGGUGGGGGAGGGGCGGGGGCCGCGGCCCCUCCCCCCCCCGCCCCCAGGAAAGGGGGGGGGCUCUGGGGGGAGCCCCUGGCGCUGGGGGCGGCGCAGCUGCUGCUCGGGUCGCUCCAGGUCGCCCUCGGGGGGGCGCUGCUCGCCACGCUCGGGGACCCGCUGGGGGCGCAGCUGGGGGCGCCGCUGGGGGGCGGGGCCGCGCUGCUGGUGGCCGGAGCGCUGCUGGUGGCCAUGGCCAAAGGUCCCUCAGCCGGGAGGGCCCGGGCCGCCCUGGCGCUGGCCAUCGUGGCGUCCAUCGUGUCCUUCCUGGCGCUCGGCCUGCAGCUGAUGCUCCUCCCCCACAGCUGCCCCUGGUGCCACGACCUGGGCCCGGCCGCACAGGGGGCGCUGCUGGGCACGCACGUGCUGCUGAUGACGUCAUCGCUGGCGGGGGCGGUGCUGGCUGUGAUUGGCUGCGUGGCGGCCACGAGGGCGCGGCCGAGGGCGGGGCCAGCGCCCGUGGUGAUCUAUCAGACAGCGCUGCCCGCACAGGGGGCGGGGCCGGCCGAGGCCACGCCCCCCGCUCCGCAAUAAACGCCAAUCAGAGCUGA